AUGACCGUGAGUGAUAUUUCAGAUAUUAAAGAUACUUUAAAUUUCGAAGUUCUUUCUGAGUCUCAGACGAGCAGUAGUUGUAGUGAAGACUUUGAGAAUGAUAAAGUCGCUUUCCAAGUUGUUGAAUCCAAUUGUUGUUCAAACUCUAAUGUCGAAAACAACGUUAAUUCUAAAGAGAUGACAUCAUCAGCAUCAUCUUCAUCACCACUAACAAUUCCUCCAGCAAUUGUUGCAACCAAUGAGAAUGAUAAUAAUACAAAAGUUGACAACAACAAUAAUAAUAAUAAUAAUAAAAGAGAUCGAUAUGAAGGUUGGUUAAAGAAAGAAGGUGGUAGAAUUAAAACUACAAAGAAAAGAUACUUCGUGCUAAGGUCAAACACUUUGUAUUACAAAAAAGACAAAGAAUCAAAUCCUAUCGGGUUGGUACAGUUGAUCGACAUUGAUAUCAGAGUGACUGGUGAAACAGAAUUCUGCUUGACACCUGGCAAAGAUAAAGCAUUUAAAAUAAAAAAGGACAACAGCCUCAAGCCAUCCAAUCAUAUUGAUAAAUCAUAA